GGCAGGCGUGGUUCCGUAGUGACUCUCCCUCCGGAUUGCUCGGCGUGCCGCCGUCAACCCUGGCAGCUGAGGCUGACGUUGCACGCUCGGCCCGGGCGCCUCCGAGUCCGGCUGCUGCGGAGCCCGCAGCGUGGCAGCCGGCUGUAAAUGCGGACGACCUCUUAGAUGCACCACAGCCCACACCAAGUGUGAAUAAUCCCAGACCCGGGCUAGAAAGCAGGCAAGGGCUCCCCUCUCACUCAGGGUUUGUGGACACAGGCUUGUGCAUUAGCAUCCCUAGAUGCGCCUUCGGAACCAUCUUUCCUGACACGUGGGUGUGCCGCCAAUAAAAAGAUCUCUGUACGUUUUUGCGGAACGGCUUUUGUGGCUUUCAAGAUGACUUUCUUUCAGGCCACGUGUUUUUAUAAAUCGCUGGUUGCUGAUGACACGAAAGGAACACCAAGCAACAUACUAGUUCACGAAUCCUCAAUUUUGUGAGGAGCAAUGAACCUUUACAAGCAAAGUGUCCAAGCAAGUAGCCACUACAAAAUGUAGAGACUGGUCCCGUGUAUUUAUCAUCAUCCAAACUGAUAUAAAAGUGAGUAGAACAUUUCCCCUCCCUGAGCCCUGAAGCAAGUGUGUCACCUGGAGAUAAGCAUUGGGAUAGUGUACAGGCCAAGUCCCCACUCUGAGAAAGAGGCCUUAGUCAUUGCUCAAGAGGAGUGACACGUUGUGUCCAAACUUGAGAAGAACACAUCCAGUGUUUUCCUUCUUCUUCCCUUCCCUCUCCUCUUCUCACACUCCUUCUCUCCUCACUAAAGAGCAUGGACCCUGGAAUCUCUGAACAAGAUGAUGAGAAGAAGAAGCACACUUCUGUCUGUGUUGGCAGAGAGGAUGACAUCAGAAAGUUAGAAAGAAUGACUGCUGUUGUCCAUGACAGAGAAGUGGUCAUUUUCUACCACAAAGGGGAGUAUCAUGCUAUGGACAUUCGCUGCUACCAUGCUGGAGGACCCUUACACUUGGGAGAAAUUGAGGAUUUCAAUGGACAGUCAUGUAUAGUUUGCCCCUGGCAUAAAUACAAAAUCACUUUGGCAACAGGAGAAGGAUUAUACCAGUCUAUAAACCCCAAAGACCCAUCAGCAAGACCCCAGUGGUGCUCCAAAGGAGUAAAGCAAAGGAUUCACACUGUGACGGUGGAUAAUGGCAAUAUUUAUGUGACACUUUCUGAGGAACCUUUUAAAUGUGACUCUGAUUUUUAUGCCACUGGAGAAUUCAAAGUAAUUCAGAGUUCUUCCUGAUAAAAAUAUAUGGCAGCAAAAAAAUGUGUGUAUGUUUGAAAAUAUUUUAUAAUAAUUUUGUUUCAAUACCAAAGAUGAAUUUUUUCUAUCAUAGACACAAAUAACUUUAAAAGUCACAGGUUUUGUCACGGGUUCAGAGCUCUUACUAUUCUUCCAGAGGACCUGAGUUUGGUUCCACAUACUCACACCAAGUAGCUCACACUCACCCAUGACUCCUGCUCCAGGGAAUCUGAUGCCCUCUUCUGGCCUCUGUGGGUACCUGCACACACAUGUCAUAUACACAUAGACAAAAUAAAAGCAAACAUAUUUUAAAGUCUUAGAUUUGGGAGGUUUAAAAACACAUUUACUUUAGUGUGAUUUCAGGGCCACCAACAAGGUAGACAGAUACUGAUUGGAAUCUGUACAUUAGACUUUCAAGAUGGUCAGUUUAAGAAGGAUGUGCAUAAUCCAUACCAGAUGAAACAAAUGUAACAGGAGAAAUUUAAGAGGGAAAAGAUCCCUUUUAAAAUGCAGCAAUUUUCAUUUGGGAAAGUUUUCAUACAUUCAAAGCUAACAGUUAACAGAAAGCCCCUCCAUCACUCCAACAGUUCCCAGCAUUCUUUUGUUGUUCUUACAUCACUCUGUCCAUAGAUGACCUACCUCCUGUGUUUAAUUAUGGUGUUUACAGUUUUAAAGGUAAAAUUUAAAUACACUGAGAUCCUCAAAUUUUAGUUAUAUACUUUUGCUUACAAAUAUGUAGCAGAUGUUUAUAUGUUAAAAUUGCCUCCAAUGACUGGGCAUUGGGGUGCAUGCCUUUAAUCCCAGCACUCGGGAGGUAGAGGCAGACAGAUCUCUGUGAGUUCGAGGCCAGCCUGGUCUCCAGAGCGAGUGCCAGGAUAGGCUCCAAAGCUACACAGAGAAACCUGUCUCGAAAAACAAAACAAAACAAAAUUGCCUCCAAUGAGGCCAAUGUAUAUAUUGAACUUAAAAAUGAGAAACUUAAAGCUAGGUGCACACCUCUAAUCCCAGCAUUGGAGGCAGAGGCAGGCAGAUCUCUGUGAGUUUGAGGCCAGCCUGGUCUACACAGUGAGCUCCAGGCAGCCAAUGCUACACAGUGAGACCCUACCAAGAGAGGAAGGGUGCUAGAUGUGGAAACCAAAUUAAAACCUGGUUUGACUUGUCUCUUAUCUGGGUUAGUUCCCAAAGUUAAAAAAAAGCCACACACAGUGACGCCCUAGCCAAGACAGAAGCAAAGUCUUCUAUUUAAUGAACUAAAGUAUUUUGUCUACAUGCAACUUGCAAAUAAAAGAAUUUUAGAGAACAUUGUAUAUGUGCAGUUUCCCAUAAAUGUGUAAUGUUUUGUUCCUCAGUGUUUACAAGCAGGUUGAUGGUCACUUGGUUUACCCUGGUUUUACUAUGUCAGUAAUUUGUGGCCAUUGCUGUUCUGACUUCCUGGGACCCAUAUCAUACUUGUUAUUCAGGAUUUAGAGAAACACUCUGGGUAUCUGUUAUGCAAAACUUAGUGCUCAGUAAAAUGUAGGUGUAAAUGGAGCCAGAAAAGAUGUGUAGGUUAUGAAUUUAUGGUGAAGACUGUUACAAAUAAAGCUAAGUCUCAAAGCAUAGUAAUUUUCAUGAUGUGGGGUGAAUUAAAUGUCUAAACCUAGUACUUAACAUUCAACUUUACCUGGGCUCUUUUACUUGGUUGUUGUAAAAAUGAGUGAGGAGCUGGAGAGAUGGCUCAGUGGUUAACAGCACAUGCUGCUCUUACAGAGGGGACUGAAGUUCAAUUCCCAGCACCCACAGUAGUGACUCACAAGUGCUUGGAAUUGCUGUAUGUUAGUAUAUUUCCUUUUCUUUGGGGAUGUAGGUUACAUGACAGAAAAGAUUCUUAUUCAUUUGGGUUGAACUUUCUUAACAAUGUUACUUACUGGGUUCAGAAAAUGUGCUAUCUCUGAGGGGAGUUCAUACCAUCCUAUUAUUUCUUGAAUGGCGGGCAACAAAAUCUUAUGUGUUAAAAUAUAAAGUGCUUGAAAGAAACUAAAGUUAUUCCUUUAGGCAAAAACUAGGACUUUGGUUUCUUGCGCCAAGUAUAGCAGCAUUUCUAUCAGGAACCAAUAGCAGUAAUGAGUAAUAUGGAUUCUUGUUCUAAAUUUGUGUCUUUAAAUUUGUAAAUAAAUGUGAUCACUUUGUCAGGUUCAGUGGUGUGAGCAUAUAGUCCUUGCAUCUCAGGUAUUCAGAGCUAGAAUAGGGAUAUGGCCAAACUCCAUUAUUAAAUAACAACCUCACCUUACCACAUCCUGUUUCAUCAGAUUUGCAACUAGCAUUUUGUUAUAUAAAUUUAACUGAAUUUCAAGUCCUUCAUAACUUCACAAGUGAGUUAUAAAAUCAUUAUGUAGACUUGGCUUACUACCUGCAAGUAGAAAGAUACAUACUUUUCACUACCUCUGAACGUGUAGCAUUUUUUAAGUUUUUGUCUGCCUGUAUGUAUGUGCACCACACUUCCUCUGGGGCCUGAAGAAACCAGAAGAGGACAUUAGUUCCCCAUGGACUUCAUUUACAAACAGUUGUGAGUUGCCAUGUGGGUGCUAAGAACCAAAUCUGGGCUCUCCGUGAGAGCAGCAAGUGCUCUUAACUGCCAAGCCAUCUUUCCAGCCUCAAAAUGUGUAGCCUUUAGUUAUAAAUGCAUAGCCUUUAGUUAUAAAUGCAUAGCCUUUGGUUAUAAAUGCAUAGCCUUUAGUUAUAAAUGUAUAGCCUCUAGUUAUGAAUGUUUAGCCUUUAGUUAUGAAAUUUUCCUUUCCAGAUAAGCAUUCACAACUAUUCUUAAUUAAAAAUACAAAUGAAUUAUUAUUAAUAAUUCAUCACAUCAAUAUUAUAAAUAGUGUAAACUCUAACAACAAAAUAUGAGUUCUCUUAUUCACUAAAAAUAUUGCAUAGUAAGGGCAGGGAAGAUGGCUCAGUGGUUAAGAGUAUGUUGUGUUCUUCCAGAGGACCUCUGUUUGUUUCCCAGCAUCCAUCUCAGGUGGCUACUGGGGUUUGAUACUUUCUUCUGGCCUAUGUAGGUAGGCACCAGCACACACACAUAUGAAAAACAAAUAUACUGGGUCAUCAUAUAUAUAUUGUACAUCAAGAUUCGUUUUAUUCUCUAUGCCAUAUAAGUACAAGAGAAUGAUGUCAUAGUUUUCCCUGUUCUACCUGCUUUUAAAAGAGCAUUUAGCAUAUGUAAACUGGUCUUCUGGUUUUGUCUGAUGAAAUGUACCUAUGGCUGGAUGACUACUGAGCUCUCUAAAGUGGUCUUUUGUGUCUGAAUUUCUCAUUGAUUCACUUCAGCUGACUGGUCAAACACAGAGUGUAAAACUUGGAUCUUGUUGCUCUGCUUAUUGGCAGGAGGCUUGGGGUGUUCUGAAAGGUUGUCUGGCUUCUCUGGCAAUGACCUGUAAGGUUUUGCUUUGAUUUCACCUUCAGAAAACAUGGGCUCUGGAAGCACAGGUUCAGAAAAGGCUUUCCUAAAAUUCUCACUCUCUCUGUUUUGCCUUAUGGAUUCUUCUUCUUGAAAAAUGUUCUUUAUCUUCGCCAGCACAGCAUUAACACAGACUGCCUGUAUCAAUUAAAAAAAAAUGUUAAAAAGUAAUGUUUCUUUUUAAGGUACUAAUAACCACAGACAAAAAGUCAGUAAUGUGUUGCCCUUCUAUUGAGGAAACCCUGACACAUGACAAGCGAUAGAUUGUUUCCUUAUCCUAAAUAUGGAAAAGUUUUUAAACAAAACACACAUGGAAAUAACCUCAGCAGUGAGAAAUAAACACGUUUGUUCAUUCAGCUUAUUCUGCAUUACUAAUGAGCCAAGUAGCGAAGGACAGCAGCAUAUUCCACUAAGCUAAAGGGAAGUAGUUUAUCUUAGAAGAACUGCCUGAAGAUGAGGUGAUGGACAGCAAAUACUCUGUUUUCUUUCUCUCCUUUGGAUUUCAAAGCACUUUGAAUUUCUAAUAGAAUAUUUCUUACAAUAGCAUGUUAAUUUAUUUCAUUGUGCUAUUUCCACUUAUGUAUAUAUUGCAUCUUAAUCUUAUCCCCCCUUCCUUCACCCUCGCACUCGGGCCUCACCCUUCUCUUUAGAUCUUUUCAAAAAUCAUUCUAGUUCCACACAAUGAGACAAAACAUGCUAUACUUUUCUUUCUGUGUCUUUUGUAUUUUGCUUAACAGGAUAACCUCAAGUUCCAUUCUUUUAACUUUCUCCAAAUGAUAUAAUUUCAUCUCAAAGGUUUCUUCUCCACUGAAACAGAUGAUCAUGCAGUUUUUGUCUUCUGUUUAUAUAUUGUACUAAAUGUAUUGGUUUACAAAUACAGAACCAUCCUAGCAUCCCCAAAAUGAAACUAACUUAAUCACGUUGGAUGAUGUUUUUAAUAUAUAUUUCUGAGUGCAGUUUGCAAGUAUCAUAUUAAGGAUUUUUGCAUCUAAUUAACUUCAGAGAUAAUCAAGGGUUAUCAAAGAUUAUAUUGGCCUAUAGUCUUCUGUUCCCUUCAUUUUCUUCCUUUCUCAUUUUUUAUUUGUAAAGCUUGCAUUAACAGAUCAAAUAUGUGUCAAUUAAAAGUAUGUGUAUUUUGCUACUGUUGUAUGUACUGUUGUAUAGAUAUUUGUUAAAUCCACUGAUCUCUAGGGUAUUUAACUCUAAGGUUUCUUUGUUGAUAUUUGCUGAUAAUAAUUUUUCAUAUGACAUCAUUCUCUUGUACUUAUAUGGCAUAAUAUUGAUGAGAGUAGGGAUUCUGAAGCCACCCACUAUUGUAUUGUAGUCUUAUCUCUUCUUGUAUAUUGUGUAGUAUUUGUUUAAUAAGAUUGAAUGAUCCAAUUUUCAAUGCAUACAUAUCAUUAUGUCUCCACAGUGGAUUGUUUCAGUUAUAGCUCAGUUGUGAAAGGUUCCUCACAGGCUUGGAACCCAGGUGAUGGACCUAUUUUGGGGUGUGCUGUUAAUGUUAGUUCGUGUGCACUACCUAUGGUAAAUAUUUCAUUGGAGGUAUAUUCUAGGGGCUUUAUUUUUCCCUGUGCCCAUCUCCUCCCCCAGCUUCUAUGUCAUUAAGUGAUUUUGUUUUGAAAAUAUAUUCCAGAAUAUUCUUGUUUGAUUUCAUAUACGCAAAUUUCAUUCAUUGCUCUGACUUGUCUUUUCAUGUUGAUAAAGUACAAUUUCUUAAUUCUCA